UUUUGGCGCCAGCCGGGAAGGUGUUUCCGAGCCAUGGCUACUGCUAACCCAUGGGACCCGGCAUCAGCGCCAAAGGCCGCUGGGCUACUGCUGGGCAACUUCGUAGCUUCAGGGACGGUCACUCAGGAGAUAUUAAAUAUAUCUAAGAAAACAGCUUCAUGUUUUAUGAACUUCUCCAGACAACAGCAGAUCACAGAUAUACAAGCUGAAAUCUACCAGAAAAACCUGGAAAUUGAACUCCUGAAACUAGCAAAAGACACAGAAGAUGUUGUUCAUCCUUUCUUUUUGGCUCAGAAGUGUCAUACCCUGCAAAGCAUGAAUAAUCAUCUGGAAACAGUGUUAAAAGAGAAGAGAUCCCUCAGGCAAAGACUACUGAAACCCAUGUGCCAGGAGAACUUACCUAUUGAAGCCGUUUAUCAAAGUGACUUGAAGAGCCAGGCUUUAGCAAAGAUGGAUGUUUUGGUGACUGAGACAGAAGAACUAGCAGAGAAUAUACUCAAGUGGCGAAAACAACAAAAGGAAGUUUCCUCAUGUAUCCCCAAACUAUUAGCUGAAGAAAAUGUUCUUCAUAAACAUGAUAUUAUUACGUCUCCUUCACCUUCUACUUCUAAAGUUCAUGCCCAAACUAUUAAUGCCAAGUGAUCUUCAACUUUAUUUUUACUUAAUUAUAUAUACUCACAUGAAGUCC